CAGGAAGUUGAAAUAGUGCAGCCGACGCGAUUGUGUUUUGACGUUUUUAGUUAUCAUGUAGGUCAAUGAUCAAUAGAAUGGAGGGAGAGUUGACGUGCUCGAUAUGUUUAGAGUUAUAUACAACACCGCUGAUGUUGCCAUGUACACAUAAUUUCUGUGAACAAUGCAUUCAGGGCCUCGUACGACACGGUGGUGGAGCAAGGACUUUCGCUUGUCCCACUUGCCGUCGAGAAGUGGUGCAAGACCGUUCAUUUUUGAGUUCUCUCCCUGUAAAUCGAAGUCUUAAUCAGGUAGUCAAGGCCUUCAUUAAGGAGAAAGAAAGUAACACCUUGGCAGCCAGUAUGUGUUUCUUACACAACGAACCCAGAAAUUUGUUUUGUACGACAUGUAAAACGGACAUGUGCCAAAAAUGUCUGCAAAAGGACGAGUCCCAUCUCCGAUUCGGUCACCAUGUGGCGGCUGUUGAAGAGCUUAUCACUGAGGAGAAGAGAAAAUUAAAUCCUGUGGUUGAAGAAGCUAAGAGACUACAAGGAGACAUCCAUGAAAAACAGAGGCAAAUUAAGGCAGAAGAAGAAAGUAUUAAGAGAAAAUUAAAUCCUGUGGUUGAAGAAGCUAAGAGACUACAAGGAGACAUCCAUGAAAAACAGAGGCAAAUUAAGGCAGAAGAAGAAAGUAUUAAGGUGAGAAUCAUGAUGCACAUGUAUCUAUCAAAAUGGGUUGAAUUUCAUGUCAGUCCAAAUAUGUAUUGCACUGUCACUGAUCAUCAGUAG